AAAUCCCUAAAAACUAGGAUCUUUACAACUCUUGUUUCUUAAUGAUACAUCAUUAUACCUGUCAACAAGCAGCUUACAGCAGAUUGCACCCAAAAAGACAGAGGCAGCCUCUCUUGAGGUCAGCUAUCCGAGCACACGUGCAGGAAUCAUCUCCAGGAGCAGCACCAGAGGCCCCAGUAGAACCCAAGGGACAAUACAUCACAAUGUGCCCAUGCACAAAAGCUGCUGGCACGGUGAUCAGUGCAGCAGCCAUGGUGCAGCAGAGCUGUGGUGCUCCCCAGGCACAGACAGCCUGCAGGAAGGCCUCGCUCCCUCGCAGAGCCAGCGGGUGCCAUGCACUGGCAGAGGGCAGGAUGGUGUUCUCAGGCCCGGAUGCUAUACGUGAUCACAGAACAAGGAGGCCCGAGCACACUCACUACAUAGGAUCAACAUCUCCAGCAAUAGAAGGUAGCAGUGAUGCUGGCUACUUGUGGCGGCCGGCCUCCUGCUUCUCAUCCCCACCGCAUCGCCGAUGUCAGUACGCCACAGAAAUCGGGUGGGGAGUGAAAGAGCUCAGCUUUUUCACCUGGAGAAAUCUCCAGAGCGGAGCGCAGAUCAAGAGAGGACAGAUCUGGCAGGCUGCUGAAGAUCAAGCAACACACCGAUACCAAAGUCCAUGGCAGCCAGCUCCCUGUGUUCUUGAACAUCUAGGCCGCGGUGCACGGGCCCGGCUGGCCUGGGAUCUGGGCAGGUACAAAGGCUGCCUUGAACCCCAUAGCAAGCGGCCCGUCACGACCCACACUACUCCCAGCCACCAGCACAAAGGGAAAAGGGACGUCCACUUCAAAAGAAGUUAAAUUAGUUCAGUUCUCCAAGCUCCAGAAGAUGAAAACAAGAAGCACAUGCAGAGCUUCAUAUUAUCAAAUACAUAAUCAUCCAGCAGGUGGAGACUGCAAUUAGAAACAGCAGUAAACAUCUUCAGGCCAUUGUCUGACGUAUAGUUUAAGUUUAAUGGAAACCAUAAGCAUUAGAAAUGAGAUCCUGUGAAAGCAGAUCUGCUAAUUAAAUAAAAAAAUAAGAAAGAAGACUCAUACUGGUAGGUCGCCUAUCAUGUAUUUUUCUGAUGGUCUCGAGGCAAGUUUAAGAAUCUUAAAGAUACUCUGAAUUUUUAUCAGGUCUUAAUUGUGAAAUGCAAAGAGACACUUUAUCAAAUGCACUACAUAACAGUAAAAUAAGCCACUAGUAGAGGAAAGGCAAUUUUUGACAGCAGUUUCAUCUGUUUCAAACAAGUUUCCACCCAAGCCAUUAUAAUUAUAGCACUUCUGGAUUCUAGCCUAAAGCCACUCUUAUCUUUUCCACUACAGGUAACACUAAUGCAGAAAGCCUGUUAGCACUUCCCCAGUGCUUCAGGAAGACAUGCUGCUGGUUCUCAGAGUAGCAGUUCAACACACUUCAACUCCAGUACACUAGAACUAAACAAUUAUAGAUAAUCUUUUAUUUUGAAGUUGAGGAAGCACCUAAAGACGACCUGCACGCUGUCUUAAGCGAGAUUCUUUACACAAAAUUAUCUGUUAUUCCUGAAAGCUAAAUACUUUUUUUUCCCCUUUUGACUUCGAUUUUGCUUAAAAAUAAUCAUGUAAGCAAAGUACAAUAAAUAAGCCAUAAGUCUUUUCUUUUUAAUUUUGACAUUCAGCUUUCUCUGUGGCUUCUCAGUGACUAAAUGAAUCAAAAAACAUUUAAAAAACCACAGGAGUAGCUUAAAAUGAGCUGGAAAAAGCAGGUGACAUGCUUUUGGGUUUUUUUGACAUGCUGCUGACAAGCAACAGUUGCAGUUUCUACUACCCUCUCACCUUGAUAUACUGCAAAGCUCUUUACAGGACAGCUGCCAGCCUGAAGCACCACCAAGGCAUCACCACCUGUCCUUCAUUCAGACUUAGGUUGGCUUUUGAUUACUGCUGUACCACAAAAAACUUAAAACUUAUUAUGUGAGAAGUAACUGCAGGCUCGUACACUUGUAAAAGAAUCUUCAAGCAUACAGCAUCAUGUAAAUGUUUGAUCUAUACCAGUACACACACUUUUGUCAAAAUUUGUCAGCAUGACCAUGAUAGAAGAGCCACACUUCUCCCCCUGGAGUUCAGUGGACCACUUCUCCAUUCUUUCAUUAUUCUGCUCCUGCUGGCAAAAAUCUGUACAAUCUGACAGAAGGACCAAAGUAUCUUUAAUGCAGACUAGAGAAAAAAGCUUCUGUGAUUGUCAUUUUACUGCGACUAUUCGUUAAAAAAAGGAAAUCAAAAUACUCCACUUCCUCAAAGCAUACAGAAAUUGCAUAUAAAAAUCCCAAAGCAAGAGUGGAAAAAACACUUUCAUUGCAGAACCAACUCAUGAGCUCAAAACUGCCAGAGAGUAAGGUGCUCCUAUGCAAGCACUACAAUUAACCAAACCCACAGGCUUUUCAGUGCCCAAAAGGAUCCUGAAAGGACACUGAUAUUCACAUUCUUGGCCCUAGUACUUCAAGAACUUCAAAUAAUCAAUACCACUAAUUUUAUCCCAAACAGUGUCAGCUCAAUAUUUACAGCUGUUAAUAUUGAGCUCCAUCAUUCUCUUCCAUCUACUAGCCCAGCCAUUUCACAAGGCUUCCUACAAACAAAGCUUUUUAAGGCUAUCUGCUGUAGAACAAACUGAUUCUGCUCACUUAAAACUUAAACACCUCAUCUUUCCCCAGAUAUAACGGUGUGUUUAAAACCGUGUUAUAAUUAUUGCUGUCAUACUGGGGGUAAUUUGCUGUUUUGGCUGAUUACGGCAACUCAAAGAGCUACUCAUUUGCUCUGAUGAACUGUACUAGUGAGGAUAGGAGAGGAUGCUGUGAGAAGAGCAUUAUGCAGUAUAAAAAGAAAUAACGUCCUCUGCUGCAACCCAUCCAACCCAAAAGGGUUUUCAGAUUUCAGUAUCCUCCCAGAAAUCCAGUGGAAAGCAUGUCAGCAAGGUGAUCUGAGGCAGGACUGACUGACAGAGUUGGCUAGAAUAUGCAUGAAAUUGAAAGGUCAGGUAAACACGCACAGGUAUACCACAGGUAUACAUAUUUGGAGGGAAGAGAGAAGGCAUCCACUAGCUGUUGUUUGAAAAAAGAAUUGCCCAAGAACAGAAAACUGUAUGGUAGAAACUGGCUUAGGUAGACAGAAGCUUUCAACAAUAGGGAAUUGAGAAGAUUACAAAAAAAAAAAUAAAUCCAAGUCAAAUUUAACAACCCUAAUCAUAAAUAUGUGAGGGUCAUGUUAAAAUUGCCUAAGUAACUUUAGUUCUGUCACAUUUAUUUUGGAGCAGAGUUGAUUUUAACCUAUUGCAAGUAAAUUAAGUUAGAAACAGUAUGAGUAACUGAACUGUAGCAUGUCUGUGCUACAGGUUUUUUUUGUUUUUUGUUUUGUUUUAAAUCUGUUACACCAACUUACCUACAUCAAUAAACUAAUAUCUGACAGGAUCCAAUAAAACACACAGCAUACAAAACUCUGCACUUGUUAACUAAGCUAAACAAUUUCUAUUAGCUUCACUUUUCAGUAAAGUAA